GCGGGCAGCGGUCCCGGCUGCAGCCGCAGCGGCGGGGAGAGGCGGGCUCCGCUCUGCGGGCGCGGGAGGCGCGCGGCCUGGGAGGCGAUCUUCACCUUGCAGACGUCAGGUCAACGCGUAAGCAGAGUACACUCAACUAGAAGGGAAGCAAAGACGGUCAUCAUGGCGUCAGUGUCUACCCAUGGAAACCAAGAUAAACCGCACUUGCCACCACUAAGCAAGCAGAGCCUGUUGUUUUGUCCAAAAUCAAAACUGCACAUCCACAGAGCGGAGAUUUCAAAGAUUAUCAGAGAAUGUCAAGAAGAAAGUUUCUGGAAGAGAGCCCUGCCUUUUUCUCUCGGAAGCAUGCUUGUUACCCAAGGACUAGUCCACCACGGUUAUUUAGCAGCUAACCCAAGAUUUGGAUCAUUGCCUAAAGUUGCACUUGCUGGUAUCCUGGGAUAUGGCCUGGGAAAGGCAUCAUACAUAGGAGUCUGCCAAAGUAAAUUUCACUCCCUUGACGAUCAACUACGUGGGGCUGGUUUUGGUCCAGGGCAUAACAGGCACUGCCUGCUUACCUGUGAGGAGUGCAAAAUUAAGCACGGAUUAAGUGAGGAGCGAAGUUCACAGCCUUCAGCUUCCUAGACUCUACACCUGUGGCUCUUGAAGUUUCUUAAACCUCUGAAUUUGCACACACUACAGUUUCAGGUGUACUGGAAAAAAAAGCGUACCGUGGGACAGAAACAUUGUGAUUCUAUCAAAAUGCUUUUUGCAGGAGAAUUGAGUGUAUGUUUUUCUACUGUGUACGAACAUGGUGGGAGAAUUCACACACCAAAGAGAAAUUAUGUUGUAUUCUAACUUGCAUACAGUGAAGUAAAAGAAUGUCAAGUCCUCUCUAA